CCUCUCCUUGUGAGGAGGAGGAGGAGGAGGAGGAGGGAAGCAUGGCUGGCCCUGUGCUGAGGGUGCUGGUGGACAUGGACGGGGUGCUGGCCGACUUCGAGGGCGGGGUGCUGCGGGGCUUCCUGGCCUCCUUCCCCGGGGAGCCCCACCUCUCCCUGGCCCAGCGGAGGGGCUUCUCCGUCCUGGAGCAGUACCGCGCCCUCAGGGAGGACCUGGCGGUCAAGAUAGCCAGUGUGUAUGAGUCACAAGGCUUUUUUCUGGGUUUGGAUCCCAUUCCGGGAGCUAUUGAAGCAAUGCAAGAGAUGAUCCAAAUGCCCAACACCGAAGUUUUUCUUUGCACAACCCCUUUACGGAAAUAUGACUACUGCGUCCAGGAAAAGUACCAAUGGGUUGAAAAGCACUUGGGUCCAAAAUUUGUGGAACGACUAAUUUUGACCAGAGAUAAGACAAUUGUGUCAGCUGAUCUGCUUUUUGAUGACAAGGAUACCAUUAGAGGGGUGGAACCUAAUCCAAGCUGGGAGCACAUCUUGUUCUCUUGCUGUCAUAACAAGCAUCUAAAGCUGGAGCCCCCACGAAAGAGACUGGAGUCUUGGACGGAUGAUUGGAGGGCAAUACUGGAAAGCAAAAGAUCCAAAGUGAAAUAAAAAGACAUUCUCACUAUUCAGCUGACAAUGAAACUGGAAAAAAGGAAACAUACUCAGUUGGCCAACUGAGAUGGGAAAAGAUGUCCCAUCUUCCUCUUGUUUGCAUCAAAAUUGUAUCUCAUCUUGAUUGUGCUUUGAAUUUUUCAAGUUAUUAAACAUUUAAAUCUCUA